GUUCGGUUACGUUACAGUCGUUUGCGCGUGGUCGCGUUGUGUGUUUCUCUGUGAGUGAUUUGUUCCUCUUAUUUGCGCUAUUCGAGACGCGUAUAUUUAAGACAGACAUAUAUUCGGCAGCUUUGUAACAGCACCGGUCGUAAAAUGGAGAACGUUUCCGUGUCCAAGGGUGUAUUUGCUUACGAAGGUAGUUACAGAAUUGGCAAGAGGAAAAGAAAAGUUAAAUGCCCAGAAUAUUUUGAUGAACCUUGGUAUAUUGCAUAUAGCGAAACUUGGAAAUAUAUUGAACAAGCUGCAGAGAAUGUCAGAGCCAAAAUGUUUCAACAGGUUAUGUCCAAUUUAGAGACUUUUGUGUCAAAAAUAAAAUCGAAUCCAUUAAAUACAACAUCCUAUGAAAUACCUACAGCUAUUUUGUUAACAGGAGUUAAUGUUCCCGAUCACACGACCCUUUUCGAUACAGCGAUAUCUAAGCUUAGCGAGAUAACGUCACACGUAGCAAUGCUAUGGAGUAAAGACUGUAACAAUUUGAAAAAUAUCAUCGAAGAUACUAUAUAUCAAUUUAUUCAAAAAUCGAAAUCGGAUGAUGUUUCUCAAUUGCGUAAAAGUCAAUGCACUAUGCGUGCCUUAAAAGAAUGGUUUGUCGAAUAUGAGGAUCCUGAAGAUCCUUUGAUCAUAAUUUUACCAGAUUUCGAAAGCUUUUCCACUAACAUUUUACACGAUUUUAUUUUGGUGUUAAGUUCAUACAGAAAUACAUUGAAGUUCGUACUUAUAUUUGGUGUCGCGACAACAUUACAUAUUGUACAUAGAUCACUGACAUAUGACGUCACAUCCAAAUUAGUAGUGCAGGUAUUUCAUACACAAACACAAGUCGAAGCACUAUCCGAUGUACUAGAGAACACUGUCUUCUCCUCAAAAAUCCCAUUCAAAUUAAUCGGUCGUGCGUUUCAAUUACUGACCGAUAUUUUCUUGUUUUAUGAUUUUUCGGUUGAUAAUUUUUUACAAAAUUUUAAGAUAUGUAUGAUACAGCAUUUUUACGGUAAUAAUAUAAGCUCUCUGUGUUGUAAACCAAAAGACAUUAAAGAAAGGAUAUCUGAGCUCACAGAUGAAAACAUCGCAAACAUUAAAAAUUUACCGUCUAUUGCAAAAUAUUUGAAGACAUCUAGCAAAGUAACGAAUGGGAACGAUAAACUUAGCGACAAAGAAUUUAAAGAACUACUGGAAUCGUUAUUAAUUAAAUUUCACAAAUUUAUGAAUCAAUUUUUAAUCAUUUUAAGGUGUUUGCACUGCUUAGUUGCUCCAUUACCAGGCGCACCAAUGGGUAAACAGUUGCGAGAAGUUUACACCAAAGCGGUUUAUACGAAUAAUCUCACAGAAUCAUGCGAAUAUAAAGAAUGUUUGAAAUUAUUGGGAUUUUUGUCGAAGGAGGAACUCCUCUCGAAUCUCGAAUCUAUCAUAAAGAUCAUUGAAGAUUCCAAAGAUCCGAUGAUUAAGAAAAUUAAAACCAAUCUCGACUCGCGCAUCAAUGCGAUUCGAGAGGCUAGUUUAAGUGCCACAAAAGGAUCUUUUGAAAUAAUCAGCGUGGAGGAAAAACUUAGUCGUAUGCAGCUAAAGGAAAAAUUGCUUAAAAUGAGUCAGCAGCAGUCGCGUUCCGCUUACAAACAGGCGCAACACGAUUUAAUCGAUUAUCUGGAUCGAGAAGUCUUUUCCGUUCACCUGGUCGAGCCGAGUCGCGUUACGGCUCACGAGAUAUUCUGUUACAGCGACGGAAACCAGGCGAAGCACCACAUCCGCGGCUCUUUGAGGGCCGCCAUACACACGGGAUUGAACGAUCCGCAGAUGUACCUGGAUUGCGAUUGCUGCAAAUUGGAAAACGACGACGACAUUCCGCGCACUCUGCCCGACCUGAGUAUAAUUUAUAAGCUGCAUUUGGAGUCCAGGAAGCUGAUCAAUAUGUACGACUGGCUACAGGCGUUCCUGACAAUCAUAGAUCCGCAAGCUCAGGAACAGCGCGAUGUGGAUCCGCAGCUGCAAGCUCGGUUUACUCAAGCGGUUGCCGCCUUGCAGUUCCUCGGUUUCAUCAAGACUUCACGAAGGAAGACGGAUCAUGUAAAACGCCUUACGUAAUAACAAUAUUGCAUGUUGAUAGUUUGUCUUGUUUGUUCAUACAACUUGUUAUGCGUGGUAAAAACAUAUUUUCGAAAUAUUUUAUUUUGUAU